UCGGCUUUCAGGGUUGUGGCAGUGUGUGAGCGAGCGCAUCAUUUAACGGUAUUCGUAAACAAAGGCGUCGCUCGGUUUAACGGCUCGGGGAGGAAUAGGAGGAAAUGCAAAAUUGUAAUUACUGAAAUACUAAUUAGGAGGUGGCGAACAGAAGCUCUGAAUAUGAGUGAUGACAAACCGUUUCUCUGCACUGCUCCAGGCUGCGGUCAGCGAUUUACGAAUGAAGACCAUUUGGCAGUCCAUAAACAUAAGCAUGAGAUGACACUCCGGUUUGGUCCAGCACGCAAUGACAGUGUAAUCGUUGCUGACCAAACGCCAACCCCAACACGAUUUUUGAAGAACUGUGAGGAGGUUGGACUGUUCAACGAGCUUACCAGUCCAUUUGAGCACGACUUUAAAAAGGCCACAGAAGAUGAUAUUAAAAAGUUACCCUUGGACUUGUCACCUCUUGCAACUCCUGUUGUACGAAACAAAAUUGAGGAGCAUACAUCCAUUGAAUCACAUCGAGACAGCCCUCUCCCACAUCCUGAAUCCACAACCAGUGAUGAAAAGGAGAUUUCUUUGCAGCCGACAUCGCUGCCCACGUCCACUAUAGUCCGUCCUGCCUCCCUCCAAGUCCCCAAUGUACUUCUGGCCAGUUCUGACGCUAGUGUUGUUAUUCAGCAAGCCCUUCCAUCUCCAACAUCUAGCUCUGUUAUAACCCAAGUCCCAUCCUCUAAUAGGCCAAUAGUUCCUGUGUCUGGAACCUUCCCAGUGCUGUUGCAGCUGCCCAAUGGUCAGACCAUGCCUGUGGCCAUCCCGGCCACCAUCGCCAGCUCCAGUGUCCAUAUCCCCACUGCCAUACCUCUCGUACGACCAGUCACCGUAGUGCCUAAUGUUCCCGGGAUCCCUGGUCCCUCCUCUCCACAACCCAUCCAAUCAGAAGCAAAGAUGAAGCUGAAGGCUGCCCUCAGUCAGCAGCUCCCUCAAGUAACCAAUGGAGAUGCAGCAGACAUCCAGAGCAAAGCUGCCAGCCAGACCCCGCCCCCAGCCCCACCUCCAACUGAGGAGACACGCCCACAGUCACUCCAACAGCCAGCCACAUCGACCACAGAAACGCCUGCAUCUCCAGCUCCUCCUGCUCAGCACACGCCCAGUACCGGUGGGCGGCGGCGCCGGUCAACCAAUGAGGACCCUGACGAGAAGAGACGGAAGUUUCUGGAGAGGAACAGAGCAGCGGCGUCCCGCUGCAGACAGAAGAGGAAAGUGUGGGUGCAGAGUCUGGAGAAGAAAGCUGAGGACCUGAGCUCUGUGAAUGGACAGCUGCAGAAUGAGGUGACAUUGUUGCGGAAUGAAGUCUCUCAGCUGAAGCAGCUCUUGCUGGCCCAUAAGGACUGUCCAGUGACACUCAUGCAGAAGAAGUCCGGCUACCACUUGCUGGAUAAAGAGGACAGCUGUGAGGACAUGUCUGUCCCAGGCAGCCCCCAUAACGAGGCUAUACAGCACAGCUCCGUCAGCACGUCCAAUGGCGUGAGCUCCUCCACGGCAACCAUAGCUGCUUCCACCCUCUGCCCAGCCACUGGGCCAACCGCAGAUCAGAGCACAGAGGGGGAGGAGUCAAACGGAGGUGUGGCCCCUGGCACUCAGACCCAGCUUUCCGGAAGCUGAUCGGGCCCCUGAGCUGUUAUUCCUGGCAGCCAUGUUGAUGUGAGGAAGAGAAGGAUCCCUCACUUUCUUCAGUCUGGAGAAUGUUUGUCAUGUGUUUGAUUUCUUUGAUUUAAUUUCCCUUCAAAUGCAUUUUUUUAAAAAGGAUGGCACUUUACAAAUGAUGUGGAAAGCUGUUCUGAUUUUAUCAUUUUCUCGUUCCCUCUUUUUUGCUUCCAUGGUUACUCUAUUUAUUACAUUACUGUUAUAUGUAGGUGUGCAUCAUCACGCGGUGGGCAAAGUUACAAAUCUGAAGUGAUGACAGUGUGUGUCAUACGAGUCCUAAAUGCCAAAGUGUAUCACGGCUCCUCGUGAUGGGAAAUUGAGUUUCUCGAGCACUGCUACAGGCGUACAGACAGGAGGUGAAGUCCCUUUUUCUUCUUUUGCCUUUUUCAUUUUGCACAUGAGGUGAAACGGGGCGUGUUUGCUUUCUCUGGAGUGUGCGACUGUUACCAUGACGAGUUCUGGCAGCUUCUAGGAGUAGAUUUGAAAACAUGCCUUGUUACAAAUCUUCAGUGAUUGAGCUCAGAACCGAUCAUAGACACUUUUAUUUGUGAGCGAGUAGUUGGCUACUUCCACAAGUUGUGUGACGCGGAUUGAAUGUUCUAAGUUAUCUUAAACCUGUAAAAAUGACUUUUAAGAAGGAUCCUUGGCUAGAAAAGAGCAUGUCUUUUAAGAACAAUGCUUUGAUGAACAGUCCGUGAGUAGUUUGGUACAAAAGCAGUAAUUGUAGAGAUAUUGUCCUUCUUUCACCAUUGAAAAGUCUCUUUUGAUCUUGAUUUCACUGUGUGCCAUUAAUGUAUAUUUAUUAGUUGCAGACACUGAUUUGAAGCAAAGGCGGCAUAACACAGAUUAUGUUCUCAUGGAUUAUGAAUCAUGGAAGCUUUCAUGUACAUAAUUUCUUUGACUGGGAGGCAUAAUGCGUUUUUUAGUAUUCUAGCCCACUUGCUGACGAAAGGAUUCUGAAUCUGUGGUGUUCUACUCUUUGAAACACUGUUGAAGCAAAUAAGAUUAUCGCUGUUAUUUAUUUCAAAAUACUGCAUUUUAGGAAGCAUUGUAAAUGCCAUUUACUGAUAACAUAAUAUGUGAUAUCUGCAGAAAUUACGUGCAUUGUUUGUGUUAUGGUAUUACAAAUACACUUCAUUCUUUAAAAAAUUGAAAAAAACACCCUUUUUUAAAGAAAAAAAAUAAAGAAAAGCUUUCCCCACACAUCCUGUGGAGAAGUUGGAGUCCAUUUCCACAAAACCUAAAAAUAAAAAGUAAAUAAUAAUGAAACUUUAAAAAUGUUAUUAGAUCAACAACAUGCUUUAAAAAAAUGAGGAAGAUGAGUCUGUUCACUGUUUUUAAGUUCAGUUAUUUAACUGCAGUUAAACAUGACAGUAACAGGAUAAGAAUACGUACUUCCUGCCAUCAUCAGCUUGGAUCGGUUUGCCUUUUCUCUUAUAAUGUAUUGGCUUACUACUGUGUAGUUUUAUUGCUGCAUUAUUUUGCUUUUCUAAGUAUUUAAGAAUCAUUUUGUUUAACAGGUAAAUUUGUACGGUCAUUGUUAUGUGCUUAAUUGCAUGAAUGACUGAUUCUCUGAGAGAAUUAGACCGAUGUUUAAAUCCUGUCUCAGUUUGGUUUAUUGCGGUUGACCAUGUUAGUUUGUUUCUCACCCAGGAUGCAGCAGGUUUACGUUUCUGCUGUUUGUUACACCCUGGCCCCAAUGUGGAAAACGGAUGUCAUUAUUAUUGUGUUGGCAGUAAACUUGUAACUUGGUGAAAGUUAUGUAUAAAGUAUCAUCAAUUAAUAAGAUGUUGUAAUAAAUCUUUUAAUAUCUCUUUAAAUUUUGUUAGUAAAUGGUUUUCUCGAAA